CCGCGGGGGCGACGGCGAGCGGGAAACCGGAAGGGGGAUCUUAAAGGGAAAGGCGCUGGCGCGCCCUCCGAUCUGUAGUCGGCGAGGCCGGCUCCUCCCUCUUAAAGGGGAAGGGUGCUGUGUUCUGCUAGGCAUUUUUUUUUUUUUUUUUUUGCAAAGCUUCAUGUCUUUUCUUUUUCCUCCCCUUUCUCUUGAAAGAGGGUUAUUUCCUUAAAGGCGGGUGACAGUUUCCCAGACAUUGAAGGAAAAGUUUCUGUGCUGGUCCCUAGAAAAUCUGUACAAAGAUAGAGACAGGUAUUUAACCUUUUUUUUUCCCCCCCAAAGUCUCAUGUAGCUCAGGAUGCCCCUGUAUAGCCAUGGAUGACUUUGAAUGUAUGAUCCUCCUGCCUCCCUCUACCCUGUAUGUUCUGGGAUUAGAGGCCAGUGCUACCAGGCCUGGUUUUCUGCUGUCCUGGGAAUCCAGAGCUUCAUGCAUGCCAGUCAUUAACUAACAGUCCAGCUACACCCCAAGAGCAUCAAAGCCCAGCCUUUUAAAGGGGACUCCCACUGCUCAGCUGGGUCCCCCAGUUCCUUUGGGCAUCUUGUGUUAAAAGAUGUGGCCUGACCUCUCUCAAAAGGCACAUGCAGUUUCUUAAGCUCAUUAGCCCCUUGCAUGGUGAAAGAGACGCCCAUCCUUUAAUAAAGAAACCCUUCAUAGCCCAUUGCCCAUCCUUUAAAAACAGCAAUCCUCCAUAGCCUCGUCCCUGUUUGCUCAGACUGUAUUCACUGAGCAUGCACUCAGCUGGUCGAUGCUGGGAUGCACAGGGGUCCCCUGUUUACACGGUGCAGACAUUAGACAGGCUAAAAGAGGCAGCGAGAGGCCUAGAUGUGGCUGGGACUCUGCUUGGGGGGACCCUGGAGCAGUGGCUUGAGGAUCUGCUGAGGAAAUGUCAAACUCGGUCCUGCUUUGGCUGCCAAUGGCAUCCACCGGGUUGACAGGUCAGGAACCCCGCCAAACGCCCAACAAUGUGUGAGCCAGCCCCUCUGACAAAGAGUGACCCAUCCUCAAAUCUCUGUGCUGCUGAGGUUGAAAAACCCUGGCUGUGUAGGGAAAGGUGGAGAGCCCCAGCCCCACGAAGAAGGGAACACCACCUCGAGGUGUGAUGGCCGGCUCCCACGUGGACAUGGCGCCAGCAUCCACCACGGAGGGAACUGGGGAGAAGCCAGGCCCCACUGCCCCAGCUCCCACCCCUGCUGCCCAGUAUGAGUGCGGGGAGUGCGGCAAGUCGUUCCGGUGGUCAUCUCGGCUCCUGCACCAUCAGCGCACGCACACGGGAGAACGGCCCUACAAGUGCCCGGACUGCCCCAAAGCCUUCAAGGGAUCCUCGGCUCUCCUCUACCACCAGCGGGGCCACACAGGCGAGCGGCCCUAUCAGUGCCCCGACUGCCCCAAAGCCUUCAAGCGCUCCUCUCUGCUGCAGAUCCACCGCAGCGUGCACACGGGCCUGCGGGCCUUCACCUGCGGCCAGUGUGGCCUGGCUUUCAAGUGGUCCUCCCACUACCAGUACCACCUGCGACAGCACACGGGCGAGCGGCCCUACCCGUGCCCCGACUGCCCCAAGGCUUUCAAGAACUCGUCCAGCUUGCGACGCCACCGGCACGUGCACACCGGGGAACGCCCUUACACCUGUGGCAUUUGCGGCAAGAGCUUCACGCAGAGUACCAACCUGCGCCAGCACCAGCGCGUGCACACGGGGGAGCGACCCUUCCGCUGUCCGCUCUGUCCCAAGACCUUCACCCACUCCUCCAACCUGCUGCUGCACCAUCGCACCCACGGCCCUGCCCCCGGCCCCGCCCCCACCCCUGCAGGGGAGACCAGCGGAGCCAGCACCAAGGUCCUGGUCUCCGACGCCUACCUGCAGCCCCGCAGCCCGCCUGCACCCCAGGCCCCGCCGCCCCCGCCGCCGCCCCCGCCCGUGGUGCCCGAGCUCUUCCUGGCUGCCGCCGAGACCACGGUGGAGCUGGUGUACCGCUGCGACGGCUGCGAGCAGGGCUUCAGCAGCGAGGAGCUGCUCCUGGAGCACCAGCCGUGCCCGGGGCCCGCCGGGGCUGCCCAGCCCCAGGAUACGCCGCCGGCCGAGCUGCCCCAAGCCGAGCCCCCUCUGCCGCAGCCCUCGCCUGCCGCCGCGGGCCCCCCCAACUUUGCUUGCCUCCCUUGCGGGAAGUCCUUCCGGACCGUGGCCGGCCUGUCCCGCCACCAGCACAGCCACGGCGGGGCCAGUGGACAGGCCUUCCGCUGUGGCAGCUGUGAUGGCGCCUUCCCGCAGCUGGCGAGCCUGUUGGCUCACCAGCAGUGCCACGUGGAGGAGGCGGCGGCAGGACGGCCGCCCCCUCAGGCUGAGGCCGCCGAGGUCACCUGUCCCCAGGAGCCUCUAGCCCCGGCCACCCCUGCUCCCCCUCCACCCCCACCCGCCCCCGUUUCCGCAGAGCGGCCCUACAAAUGUGCAGAGUGUGGCAAGGCCUUCAAGGGUUCUUCCGGGCUGCGCUACCACUUGCGGGACCACACAGGCGAGCGGCCCUACCAGUGCGGGGAGUGCGGCAAAGCCUUCAAGCGCUCCUCCCUGCUGGCCAUCCACCAGCGCGUGCACACGGGCCUGCGGGCCUUCACCUGCGGCCAGUGUGGCCUCACCUUCAAGUGGUCCUCCCACUACCAGUACCACCUGCGACUGCACUCGGGCGAGCGGCCCUACGCCUGCAACGAGUGUGGCAAAGCCUUCCGUAACACCUCGUGCCUGCGGCGCCACCGGCACGUGCACACCGGCGAGCGGCCCCACGCCUGCAGCGUGUGUGGCAAGAGCUUCGCACAGACGUCCAACCUGCGGCAGCACCAGCGCGUGCACACGGGCGAGCGACCCUUCCGCUGCCCGCUUUGCCCCAAGACCUUCACGCACUCCUCCAACCUGCUGCUGCACCAGCGCACCCAUUCGGCUGAGCGUCCCUUUGCCUGUCCCAUUUGUGGCCGGGGCUUUGUCAUGGCCGCCUAUCUGCAGCGGCAUCUGAGGACGCACACCCCAGCCACAGCAGCUCCGGGCACCACCGGCCCUGCGGCGCCACAGCCCCCUGCCCCAUUGGCCGCAGCUCCAACUCCACUGGCGGCCCAAGAUGUUCAUGUCCUCCCCCACCUGCAGGCCACACUUUCCCUUGAAGUGGCUGGGACCACAGCCCAGGCCACGCCCCCGGGCCCGGUGGUCCCCAACUCCCAGACAUUUCUCCUGGUGCAGACUGCCCAGGGUCUCCAACUGAUCCCUAGCAGUGUCCAGCCCCCUACCCCUCCUCCACCGCCUCCACCUCCCAAGCUCAUUCUGUUGCCUCCUGCCAAUGCUGGGGGUAUGGGCAAUGGUGCUGCAAAGCAGGGCCCGAGGGCCGUGGCGAAAGCGGGACAGGGGGCAGGCGUGGUGUGGUUCCCAGGCCCAAGUGGUCUGGGGAUGCAGGGAGGCGGCAACGCAGGAGCUAGCGGGGGAGGGCAGAGUCUCAUUGUUCUGCAGAAUGUGGGGAGUGGGGAGACAGGGCCACAGGAAGUGAGUGGGGUUCAGCUUCAGCCAGCGCAGGAAGUGGCCACGGUCCAGCUCCAGCCUGCACAGGAAGUGACCACGGUCCAGCUCCAACCAGCACAGGAGGUGACUACAGUCCAGCUCCAGCCCCUGACAGGCCAAGUCUCCAAUUCCAGUGGCGGAGCUGUGGCUACAGACACUCCAAACCUGCUGGUGGUUCAGAGUGGCACUGCUGACGAGCUGCUCACCGGCCCUGGACCUGGGGAGGUGGGGGACGGCGAGGCCAGUGCCAGCGUGGUCCAGGAUGUCGUGUUUGAAACGCUGCAGACAGAGGAGGGACUGCAGAGUGUGCUGGUGCUGAGUGGAGCCGACGGCGAGCAGACCAGGCUGUGUGUGCAGGAGGUGGAGACCCUGUCCCCUGGGCUGACAGAGCCGGCUGCCACUGGCCCAGCAGGACAGAAACUCCUCAUCAUUCGGAGCGCUCCAGCUACCGAUGUUCUGGAAAGCAGCGGCGCCGCAGGAGGCGCCACCACCACGACACUGCAGCUCCUGGCCCCGCCAGCACCUGGCCCGGUCUCGGCCCCCGUGGGGGUGCCCGUAGCUCCCACCUCCCAGAUGGUACAAGUGGUCCCUGCAGUGGCUGGCCCGGGGGUCCUGGCCCCGCAGAGUGUGCCCUCUAUCCAGAUUGUGCAGACUCUGCCUGCAGUCCAGUUGGUACACACGUUUUGAGAGAGCCACUAGUACCUCCGUCUGCCACAGACGUCCUCCCCACCCCCGCAAUCACUGUUCUCCCCAGCUGGGCUGGGGUCAGCUCGGGAGUCGGGGGGUGGGGGCUGCUGGCUGGGCUCGCUAAUAAAGACAGAGUCUCUUC